ACUUCUACUUCCAACACCAAUGUCGACCAUUAAAUUCAACGCUGGGAAAGUGGAAUAUGACGAAGACACCCACGAGUGUGUUCCAUUUCCACAGAAGGGUGUAGUUACCAUAACACCACGCUCUGAAGAGGGAUCAUUCUACAAUUUCAAUUGGACUCAAAAGUCCUCGGAGGAUGGCUAUUUCGAAAUCCAAGAGUAUUUGAUCAUUCCUGGCGAUGUCAGUUUCAAACAGGUCAGCUCCUGCAAGACUGGGCGUGUGUUGGCAUUGACUUUCUUGAGCUCGGGUGCCAAACACUUGUUUUGGCUCCAAGAUGUGGGUGAUGACGAAGAGUUGGAUAAGUUGACCGAUAAAGAUGUGGACUUAGUCAAAAGGAUAAACGAAUUGUUCACCCCCAUGGAUGACGAGGAUGAAGACGAGGAUGAGAAGCCACAAAAAGAAGAGCCUCCACAGCCGGCCACCACCACAAACGAACCCAGUACAAGUACCAGUGCCAUCAAUUUGCCCAUUUUGGACCUCGAGGAUGCGUUUCCGUUUGAAGUAUUGGAAACCCAUUUGAAUCGCUUGUCUGAUAAGCAAUUGCUUGAACUUGUAAAGGACGACUUACCGCCUACAAUUGGCCAAAAUCCCACUAGAGCCAACAUUUAUGAUUUGAUACGGAGUGGAUUCUUCCAGCAGUCCAAGGCCAACUUGACUCAGCACUUGAGAAAUGCCAAUGGGGCCGGGUACUUGUUGGCUCAGUCAUUCGGUCUCGAGUACCAGGGUGAAGGCAUCAGCAACUUUCUCGAAGGGAUCCGCAAAUCGUCCAAAAAACCCCACGAAGAGUCACCUUCUGAUGAUACCACCGAACUGUAAAUCGCAAUGGUAUGUAUGUCUCACAUCAGCUGUAAAUCAAAUAAAACAGAUCAUAUCU